AUGGCACCUACAGCUCCAUUCAACCCACCUGCAGCGAAUCUCCCAGGUAAACCCUUUGUUCCACCAUGGAUCCCUCCCCCCGUCACGGAAGAAAAACACGAUUUUGCGGAGCUCACGUCGAUUGAUCUAUCUUUACUUGACUCUGACGACCCUGCCGUCGCGGAUGACCUGGUUCAGCAGGUCAAGCGGGCCAUCCGUGAUGAUGGCUUUCUUUUUCUCGAGAACUAUGGCGUCUCCUUGGAACAGCUGCACCGUCAAUUUGCUCUUGCCCAGUAUCUGUACCACAACAUAAGCGGAAAAGACAAGGAGCGGCUACUUUUCGAUCCAGACACUGGCAAGUGGUCUGGCUACAAACAUCCGUUUGGAUUCAAGCGCCACCGCGGCACUCCCGAUGGCAUCGAGCAGUUCAACUGGUACCCACGUGAGUGGGAAGACAUCGACCGAGUUCCACGGUGCUUGCACCCCUUCAUGGAUGAGAUCGAGGACUUUUGCAACUAUCUUACGAAAUCAGUCAAUCGUCGGUUGCUCACCCUGUUUUCGCGCGUUCUGGAGCUUCCCGACGAUUACCUGUGGGAUAAUGUGCAAUCGCACGGGAGCCCAACCGGGGAGGGCUACUUCCGGCAUGCUCUGUUCCGUCCUGUGCAGAAAGGGACCCAAGAGGCGUCCAAGGGCCUUCGUAUGCACGGCCACACGGAUUUUGGCUUGACGACCCUGCUCUUUUCUGUUCCAAUCUCCUGUCUCCAAAUUUGGGGCCGUGACGAGAAGUGGUAUUAUGUGCCGUACAAGCCCGGAGCGCUCGUCAUCAACAUUGGAGACACCCUAGAAAUCGUCUCAGGUGGACACUUCAAGGCAACUCGUCACCGAGUCUUCAAGCCACCGGCAGAUCAGGCGCAGUCAGAGCGGCUUUCCCUGGUGCUGUUCAAUAGCUCUGUCGGCGACUUGCGCAUGGAACCCGUGAAAACCUCGCCUCUCCUCCAACGAGAAGGCUGUGUGGAAGAUCAAGGGGUGUACAGUGAGUUCAAAAAACGUACGCUCCAGGGGCAACUCGUGCCUACGAAUCGUGAAUGGCGAGAGAUCCAGAUUGCUACAGCGACGGAUCCGACGGACACGACGCGCAAUCGGAUUGGCGCCGAUCAAGUCCUCAUCGACGGCAAGCUCAUGCAGCAACGGGAGUACCUAGGCGUCAAGGUCGUCCUUCCCGUGUAG